AUGAGAAAACUUUCACCACUUAUUAGUCGCCAUCCGGAAGUUCUGUGGGCUCAACGUUCUGAUAAGGUUUACCUUACUGUUGCUCUACCUGAUGCCAAGGAUGUUUCUGUGAAGUGUGAGCCUCAGGGUUUGUUUAGUUUCUCUGCUUCUGGGGUUCAAGAUGAAUCCUACAGCUUUAGCUUGGAACUUUAUGGAUCCAUUGGACCUGAGGGUUGUAAAACAAAGUCUGGCUUGAGAAACAUACUAUGCUCAAUUCAGAAAGGAGAAAAAGGUUGGUGGAAGAGGCUACUGAAGUCUGAAGAGAAACCUGCUCCAUACUUGAAGGUUGAUUGGAACAGAUGGUGUGAUGAAGAUGAUGAAGAAUCAAAUUCUGAUUUUGUAUCUGAUGAUGAUUCCCGGUUUGCUGGUCAAGAUGAUGGUAGCAGUGAUGAUGAAGGGAUGUUGUAUCUUCCUGACUUGGAGAAGGCUAGGGGAUAA